UGUUUUGAAUAAUUGUCAAAUUGUAAUUUCUUUGGAAUGCAUUGAACACUAUUUGAUUGGUGCAGGUAUGGCCAUGUCAAGGCAAGCCAAUUUGCAGCUUAUCAACUGCUGAAGGAUGGAGAAAGCAUCCUUCUUUUCCCUGGAGGAGCAAGGGAAGUGAACAAGAAAAAAGGUGAAUCCUACAAGUUGAUAUGGAAAUCAUCAACACAAUUUGUUCGUAUGGCAAGUCGCUUUAAGGCAAUUAUCAUCCCAUUUGCAGCUCUUGGUGGUGAUGAUGCGUUUACUGUCCUAACAGAUUCUGAAGAACUGUUAGAUUCACCUAUUGGUCCAUUUCUCAAGGAUAUAUGUUCUCAGUUCAAUCUGGAUCCAGAGAUCAUUCCUCCUAUUACAGCAUUACCUGGUACAACUAUACCAAGCCUGUUUCCAAUACCUUCCAUUGAGCGAAUUUAUUUCCAUUUUGCGGAACCAAUUGACACUGCAAGUUAUAGUGACAUCUUGAAUGAUCGAAAACAGUUUGCAAGUUUAUACUCUUUGGUGAAGAGACGAGUUGAAGAAAGCAUUGAUAAACUGCAGCACAUUCGCUGGAAUGAUCCCGAGAGGGGAUUACCACAACGCCUUACAUCAAAAAUCUCGAGCUUGGUGUCCAAUAUUUACAAAAUAUAGUAUGGCCUUGAAUAAGACAGCGCGGGUUCUUUAAUCUAAGAAAGACAUGUCAGAUAGUUCAAUCACUCUCCUCCUUAUUCAAAUUAAAUAACUGGUUAUGGAGGCAGCUGAUGUUCCUGAUACAGAUACAUGAUGGUCAUUUCCUAAUUUAUCCCUCUGACCAUCAGCUUCCACAGAUUUCAGUUUCCAUAAAUCAAUCUGAAUGAUAAUAAAGACUGCUAAGCUUUUGUUUUUUGUACAAGGUCUCUCUUUUUUGCACAUUUAGUAAGAUGAUGUACAAAAUCACGCUUUAAGUAGCUUUUUACUUUAUCGAGUCUGAGUUAUUUUCUUAAACUAUAUUCACAAAAACACCAGAUCUUUUUGUAAUAACUUUAGUGUUAGUAACUCCGACUUCUAUUUUUGUGCUACUCUUUUCUCAGAUAUAUAUAUAUGUAUAUAUAUAUAUAUAUACUGUCUAAAAGAGCGUUUUGUUAGUGCUGCAUCAAACAUCAAUUUUCUUCUGUAAUUAACAGGACAGUUUGAUUAGGUUCUGACAUUCUGGGACUCUCUGUUGGAUCUACCAUCAAAGAAAGGAUCAAAACCAGCGUUAGAUCCUUUGUUUUGAAGUUUGUUAAAAAAGAAUAGGACAAAAUGUGCGAAGCACAGGCGAUUUGUAUGGGCUGCGCUCAGGAAUUCAGAUUUAUAUUAAUAAAUUGAUUCAAGCUUUUUACCAUC